UUUCGUUUCUCUCUCUCUCUCUCUCUCUCUCUCUCUCUCUAAGUUCGUACGGUCGAAUCGAAGCUCUCCAGUUUCUGCCAAGUGGUGAUUGUUAAUCGAGAUCAUCACAGGUUUCAAUAUUAAAAUACUGAAAUCGAGUUUCGCUGUUUGUUUGCUAAGAAAAUGUUGAUAUUGACUGGCUUUCCGGAAAGUGAAAAAGCUAUCGUGAUUCAAAUUCCAUGGAAUAAUGAUUUUUUUUCUUUCCUUGACUAUAUUUGUUUCGGUUUGCAUUUGAAGUGUGAUCGAUCAGAUCGACAAUGGAAGUCCCCGGCAAAAAUCAGAUGAGACGAUCAAGAGGCCGCUAUCGGCGUUCCAGAUUUCGCGCCAAAAAUCUGGUUAAGCAGUUAGAUUUUUCAAUGUCUGGCAGCUUAUCUUUGGAUCCUAGUUCAUCUUCGCUUAAUCACUUUAAGUCGCCUGCGAAACCCAACUUGGAGCUUUAUUUGUCACCUCCAAUCGAACCAUUUACAGAAAAUAUAGAGUCCUCAGCAGUACAACCUCAAGCUCAAAUUGGAAUAGAAGAAGAUAAUGGCCCUCAAGAGCAUCAAGGACAAUGUCGUUGCAAGCUAACAAAGUGCUUAAAAAUGUACUGUGAAUGCUUCGCUUCUGGAUUCUACUGCAAUGGGUGCAAUUGUAUUGAUUGUCACAAUAACAUCAAAAAUGAGCCUGCGAGGACUGCAGCUGUUGAAAGUAUUUUAGAACGAAACCAAAAUGCUUUCAGGUCAAAAACCGCUAACAGCUUGCAUGUAACCCCAGAUAUUAAGGUUCAGAAAAAGGGCACUACAUCCGUAAGAAAACAACAAAAGGGGUGCCAUUGUAAGAAAACAUUUUGCCUAAAGAAAUAUUGCGAGUGCUUCCAAGCUAAGAUCCUCUGUUCUGAACAUUGUAAAUGCUUGGACUGCAAGAACGUAGACGGAUUUGAGGAGAGUAUACUAUCACCUCAGAAACAUUAUGACGCAGAAACCUCUGUCAAGAGGGCCAGGGAGACAUCUUCUUCAAUAUCAACUAAAAAAGAAGGCCAGGGGAAUCCUCUUGUAACUUUUAGGGCACCGCCUGCCUUUUCUGCCAAUGCUCUCGAAUGCAGGUUCAUAUAUUUAGAAACAUACUUUUCUUUUAUGCGCACUAGUUAUAGUUUCAUAAUUCUGACUCUGUUCAUCAUUAUUGUGGGCACCACCAGAUCAUGGCAAGCAAGUAUAACUACAGAUUCCAUUAAGCGCAUUUGCUCAAAUAUGUUUGUAGGGGCUCAUGCUGAUAGGAUACUUACUGCAGUCAAUAGUUUCACUUCAGUGAUGCCAGAUAAACCAAAUGUAGGGGAAGUGGUUCCAGAUGACCAUUUGAAUGAUUAUGGAGUAAACAUAGUCAAUACAAAGUUUCCCAAAACUGCAAAUGUCAAUGGACAAGAAGGGAUGGUGUUAUCUCCUACAGCAGAGGCGUUAAAAUGUGAUGAGAAAGUUACCAUGUUGAGAGAAGCUACUGCGUCCUUUGAUGGAAAUCAUAAGCGGAUCCCUAAUGCAAAGCCCUAUAUGGAGCAGGAAAGGAUUAUCUUGACAAACUUCCGGGAUUUUCUUAAGAAGAUUAUCUCUGUGAACACUAAUUCAACUGGAACUUCUACAGGGAUUCAAUGUGACCAUGUAGGUACUUGAAUCUAAAAAUUACAAGGUUCCUGUGUAAGAAAGAGUAAAUCUCCAAUUUGAUAGCAAUGAAUGGAUUGCUGAUUAUUGAUUGCAUUUGUUCGUG